AUGGUGGUUCAAGUUGACCAGAUGUCCCGAACGGCUCAGUAUAUUUUAGUAAGGCUUGGCCACGCCCUCUUCGGCAAGACUUGUUUUGACGUCUUUCGCACAAGCCAUUUCGGCCCGGCUUUUGUCAGCAUGGCGCCUGGCGCCGGGCAGGCUGCCAUGAGACUGCUGCUCCUCUUCAGCUCUUGGAAGGCCGUGCAGGGAUUGAUUGGCAGCUGUCCGACCUUGACAACCUCACCAUACUUAGGAGAGGCGUCUCCCUUUGGUUGGCCCUUGUCACCCAACGCCUGGAGCUUUGUGAAGCAGCAGGAAUGGGGCGAGAGGUAUCUCAUGUGUGAGGGUCAUCGGCAAUCGCCCAUGGACAUCGCCACGCAUGGAAGCUGCGUGAAGAGCGGUGGCGAGGAUGGCCUCCUGCAGAGCGCCUUCGCCUAUUCGGCCAUUGGCCGAGAGACGGUGCAGGUGAGCUCCUACAUGCGCUCGGCCGCUGUGAAGGGGGACUUUGGCUCGUUGCACCUCCAGGAUGCUGAGGGGCGCCCGCAGCAGUACACCGCGCACGAGGCUCACCUGUCAGCCGACAGCUGGCAUAGCAUGGAUGGCCAAAGCAGAGUGGCAGAGUUGAUGAUCUUCCACAAACCCAAGGACCAUCCAGACAUGCUGAAAGGUGGCGUGGUGGUGAGCAUUUUCUUCGAGCAGAACGAGUCAGCCGAAAGCGAACUCUUCAGCUACAUGGGUUUCCCAAAGGGGCCAGAAGAGCUGGAAGCCGCGGAGGGUCAAUGGACAGCGCAGAAGGAGCUGUUGGAUUUGCCUGCCCUCCUCCAGGAGCUCUGGCCGUGA